GACAGCCACACACACACGGUCUAUUUUACGUGUGGAGCGAGGGCACUCUCCCUGCGUACGGGCCUUGUCUUAUUGAGGAUAUCUCGCCACUCCACUCGUAUCAGAACACGUGCACACACGCCGCACAUAGAGUGAUCUAGCCAGAGAGAGAUGGCAGCCGGCGGCAUGAGCAGGGAGGCGAGGUGGAGCCUGGCCGGCGCGACGGCGCUGGUCACCGGCGGCAGCAAGGGGAUCGGCCACGCGAUCGUGGAGGAGCUGGCGGGGCACGGGGCGCGGGUGCACACGUGCGCCCGGAGCGCGGCGGAGCUGGAGGAGUGCCGCCGCCGGUGGGAGUCCAGGGGCCUCCCGGUCACCGUUUCCGUCUGCGACGUCUCCCUGCGCGCCAGCAGGGAGCAGCUAGUGGAGACGGCCAAGCAAGUCUUCGACGGCAAGCUCGACAUGCUGGUGAACAACGCGGCGCAGGCUCUUGCCAAGGCGGCCGUGGAGUGCACAUCAGAGGAAUACACGCACCUCAUGGCGACCAACCUAGAGUCGUGCUUCCACCUCAGCCAGCUCACGCACCCAUUGCUCCUCAGGGCCUCCAUCGCCGGAGGAGGUAGCAUCGUCAACAUAUCCUCCCUUGGAGGCACGCUUGGGUUCCCCGGCCACGCACUUUACGGUAUCACAAAAGGAGGAAUCAACCAGCUUACAAGGAGCCUCGCUACUGAGUGGGCCCAGAACAAGAUUCGGGUGAAUUGUGUCGCCCCGGGCGUGACCAAGAGUGACAUGUUAAACAGUCUCGCACCGGACAUUUUAGAGAAGGAGGUGGCAAGGAUUCCGAUGCGGCGGGCAGGCGAGCCAGAGGACGUGGCUGCAGUGGUGUCGUUCCUCUGCAUGCCAGCAGCAUCCUUCGUCGCUGGCCAGGUCAUCACCGUCGAUGGUGGUCGAACAAUUAGUGCUUAGUUAAUUAACGGUACCUCACCGAUAAACUCGUGUGCAUGUUGAUCAAUUCGUAAAGUAGCAGGUGAGUACUCCCUCCAUCCCAUUAGCUUGAAAAACGUUUUUAUAUUAUGGCACUGAGGGAGGAGUUAGCAAGGACCUGAGUGUUGUCCGCUAGUAUAAUUAUUUUGCUACAUUGUUGAUUUGUUGUUAGUCUUUAUUGUAUUUCUAAAGUAGAUUUGCCUAUUUAACUAGCCAAGCAAGCGUGGCCGCACCCAUGAUGCAUGAUCUUGGAUGUUGGCUUUGCCGUUAUUGUGUGCUUUGUGUAAUAUUGGUGUACAAGUUAUAAAGAUGUGUACAUUUUGGAACCGAA